CUUGAAUACACCCGGGAUGAAUCAGGGGGCGUGGUUUUGGUGGUGUCAUGGCUUCCGUCGUCCACGAAGCUACAUCUCUUUUGAGCCGACUGUGAAUUAAAUGUCCCUUAAUUUCGUAAAAUAAACACCAACAUUUGAAGGACAAUACAUUCAAGACUUUAAUCAUGGGCACCGUCCACGCGAGGGUAAGGAUAACUGCUCAAAAUGCAAAGGAUGAAAGUAUGACCUCUGAGUACAGUAGCCAAUAGCUAGCUUAGUAUAGCUAGCUAGCUGUCACGCACAGCGAAAGGGGCCCAGUUGGACAGCUUGCCAACUAUGGAAAGUCCAGAUACAUGAACUGUCUUUGUCAGUAAGAGAAGGAAAUUAACGUUUUCAUAGUUGCAACAACAGCAUUGGUGAACGUUGCUCGUGCAACGUGCGCCCUACACAUUCACCUGAUCUUAAGUAGCGAUCAUAUGCAUGGGGUAGCCCUUGAUCAUGACUCUCAGUUCCUAUACAUUACAUUGGGCGAAGACGUCUUCUGUAUGGGGUAGUUUUGUUAAUAUCAGAUUUCCAAAAAAAAAAAAUGAAAUCACCUUUAUUUAACCAGGUAAGCCAGUUGAGAACAAGUUCUCAUUUACAACUGCGACCUUCAAUCACCUGAAGCAUGCGCAGAACCAUGUAAACGCGUGCAUGAGCUCGGCAAGUAUGCAUGCAUCUCGUGCGUGCAUUUUUUUUAUCUUGUGUGCAUGCUUCUGAACACACUACCAGCGCUUUGAAAACUUGAUGUAAUUACUUUCCUGUGGAUAUAUUUUCUCACAUUCCUACCGCCAAAAGGACCAACCGCACGGACAACCGGUAAAGUGCGUUAAAAUAUAAUUGAGAGGAAAUAUCUGCCUAAUUGAGAGGAAAUUUCAAUGCAAUUCAACGUCGGGUUGCCAGGCAACUAUCUAGCGUGCUUCCAACACCUGUGUGUAAGCAUAACUCGGGAAGUGUAGGUUCGUUGGAUGGAGGCACCCAUAGUUGUAUUAGUAAGUAUAUAUUUUUUAUUUGAAGGCUUCUUUCUCGCUGAUGAAAGAUAAGGGCCAUAUCACAAGCGAUGAUUAUUGACCUAAACGCUAAAACACAGUGUCGGGAUUGUAGUUCACAUGAGGCAGUUGCGGGCAAAGCUAAUGGCUGAGAACGGUAGGGAGAAGGCAGAAUGCCGCCUAGAGUUCGAGAGCUAAUGCAUGGGCGUGCAUCAUCAAAUCAAAAAAACCUAAUCUAAUUUUAGUCUUCACAUGCUUCGUAAACAACAGGUGUGGACUAACAGUGAAACGCUUACUUAAGGGGCCUUCCCAACAACACAGAGAGGAAGAAAAUAGAAAAAUAAUAAAGUAAAAUACAUAAUAUUAUAAACUGGGUGGUUCAAACCCUGAAUGCUGAUUGGCUGAAAGCCGUGGUAUAUUUAAGCAAUAAGGCCCGAGGGGGUGUGUUAUAUGGCCAAUAUACCCCAGUUAAGGGCUGUGUCCAGGCACUCCAAGUUGUGAUUAAGAACAGCCCUUAGCCGUGGUAUAUUGGCCAUAUACCACACCCCCUUGGGCCUUAUUGCUUAAAUAGAUAAACAAUUAGUAACGAUAAUUUGGCUAUAUACAAGGGGUACCAGUACCGAGUCGAUGUGCAGGGGUACGAGGUAGUUGAGGUAGAUAUAACUAGGAAUAAAGUGACAGCUAGUAAACAGUAUUAGCAGCUUAUGUGAUGAGUCAAAGAAGUUAGUGAAAGAAGGGUCAAUGCAGAUAGUCCUGGACUCGGGUAGCUAUUUGGUUAACUAUUUAACUAACUAUUUAGCAGUCUUAUGGCUUGGGGGUAGAAGCUGUUCAAGUUCCAGACUUGGUGCAUCGGUACCGCUUGCCGUGCGAUAGCAGAGAGAACAGUCUAUAACUUGGGUGGCUGGAGUCUAUGCGCUUGCCCAUAGACCAGUGGUCACCAACCGGUCGGUCGAUCUCGAAGGCAUUCCUACUGGAUCAGCAAACAUUUCUGUAAAAAACCCAAAGAUAAAGCCUUGCGUUCCUAUUUAUUAAAAUUAGAUUUGCGCUGUUGGCGGUAGGUGCACUUGAUUCAGCAGCCCUAGCCGCGGGAAGGCAGUGUUCCCAUUUUUCACAAUUUCAUGUGUCUGAAGGUAGAACUCCACCUACCCGGCAGGCCCAGAGAGCAUAUCAAGUUCACCUAUAGGCCUACCAUUGGCCAGUUGGAUAACGCGGGUCACGGUGUCUGCAGUUUCCUACAUUUGACAUUUACAUUUUAGUCAUUUAGCAGACGCUCUUAUCCAGAGCGACUUACAGUUAGUGAAUGCAUACAUGUUUUUUUGUUUUUUUCAUACUGACCCCCCGUGGGAAACGAACCCACAUCCCUGCCGGCCAAACCCUCCCCUACCUUGGAUGACGCUGGACCAAUUGUGCGCCGCCCAUGGGUCUCCCGGUCGUGGCCGGCUGCGACAGAGCCUGGACUCGAACCAGGAUCUCUAGUGGCACAGCUAGCACUGCGAUGCAGUGCCUUAGACCACUGCGCCACUGGGAGUCAUUUCCUCAAGCCAUAGACUGUAAAAAGAAGCCUAGAACGCACAGCAAAGUUGAAACUGUGAGAUUUCAAUUUUUUUUAAACUAUGACUAGAGAGAGACUCAACAAAUACAGCAAAGAGAUUGUGUUUUUAUGAGUAAGUUCAUGUUUAAGUUGUUAUUCAGCACUGUAAAACACUUUGUUGAACACUUUUAUAAGCCAUAAAAUGCAAGUUCUCCCUACUUCCACUCACACUACAACCAGCACUGCAGCUGCAAUGAAUGAGUAUAGCAAAGUGUUCCGAUAAGCUUGCCUUAUUAUUAGUGGCUUGUCUUUUUUAAUAUCGAGGAAUAUUUAACUUUCUCUGGUCAUAGGAGUAACAACAUGAAUUGGUGCAUGAGGCAGAAAUAAUGCAGUGCGACUUAAGUUUUUCGCCAUCAGCUGGAAGACUGUGUCCCCUUUUCUCAGGGGAGGGAGGGAGAGGGGAGAGACGGUGAGAUGCAGCCUUACCGCUGCGCCCUCCCUCCCCUCGGACUGGCCAUCAGAUGCAGGCCAUCAGUCCAGUAAAAAAAAAAAGCAAAUUAUUCUGCUCAAUCAGCUGUGCCUCACAAGUAAAACAAUAAAUGAUCUAUUACCAGUAUGAUCAUAUAUCUGCAUUUUAAAAUAUAAUUUCAAAAUAGUCUGAGAAGAACAACAUUGGCAAUUCAAGUAUAGCCAAUGUGUUGGGCCUAUGUAUAAUGUAUUGGGUCUAAAGCCUACUGCAUCAACUUCAUUGCUACAGAACUGUUUUUAAUUGGUUAAUGUUGCAUAGGCUUACGUAUUUUAAAUGUAAGCGGUAGAUCUCGGCUUGCGUUUAGACUCAGAAAAGGUUGGUGACCACUGCCAUGCGCUAUGUUAUCGCCCCCAGCGUACAAAACAAAGCAUUUUGGCUUCUAUAACAAUAAGACACUUGAAAAUAGACUUCGGCUAUUGGCCCAGAUCAUUCGAGAGAGAGAGAAUAAAACUACAUUUUCUGAGCAGAUAUUUUGCGCUGCUUUGGUGAGACUCUUAGCUGUCUACAUUUCUCUUGCUUUGUGUAAAUAUAUAUUUUUAAAUAGACUAUAGCAAAUAUGAAUAUAGACAAUUUACUCAGAAUGUCAACCAUGCACUGCCCUGCUGUGUGCUUCCUGAUCCAAUUCUGAUCCGAGUAAUUGUUUGAUUUUGUAAUCUUUGUGUGAUUUUAAUUUUUUUACUUGUCCAUUUGUACAACUGAAAUCUAUAUUCUGCUUGUCUGGCAAAAAAUUUUUUUUACUUGCCUGAGCAAGCCUUAAUGUCGAGCCCUGUCCAGGAUCCAGUUGCAGAGGGAGGUGUUCAGUCCCAGGGUCCUUUAGCUUAGUGAUGAGCUUGGAGGGCACUAUGGUGUUGAACACUGAGCUGUAGUCAAUUAACAGCAUUCUCACAUAGGUGUUCCUUUUGUCAGAGUGGAAAAGGACAGUGUGGAGUGCAAUAGUGAUUGAUUCAUCUGUGGAUCUGUUGGGACGGUAUGUGAAUUGGAGUAGGUCUAGGGUAUCUGAGAUGGUGGUGUUGAUAUGAGCCAUAACCAGCCUUUCAGGCUACUGUGCGAUAGUCAUUUAGACAGGUUACCUUGGCGUUCUUGGGCACAGGGACUAUGGUGGUCUGCAUGAAACAUCUAGGUAUCACAGACUGGGUCAGGAAGAGGUUGAAAAUGUCAGUGAAGACACUUGCAAGUUGGUCAGCGCAUGCUCAGAGUAUGCCUCCUGGUAAUCAGUCUGGGCCUGCAGCCUUGUGAAUGUUAACCUGUUUUAAAGGUUUUACUCACAUCGUCCGCAACAGCUGGUGCUCUCACGCAUGGUUCAGUGUUGCUUGCUUCGAAGCGAGAUUUACAUUUUAGUCAUUAUCCAGAGCGACUUACAGUAAUGAGUGCAUACAUUUUCGUACUUGUCCCCCGUGGGAAUCGAACCUACAACCCUGGCGUUGCAAGCACCAUGCUCUACCAACUGAGCCACACGGGACUCAGUACGGAAGGCAUUUAGCUCGUCUGAUAGGCUCGCUUCACUGGGAAGCUCGCAGCUGGGUUUCUCUUUGUAAUCCUUGAUAGUUUGCAAGCCCUGCCACAUCCGACAAGCAUCAGAGCCGGUGUGGUAGGAUUCAAUCUUAGUCCUGUAUUGACGCUUUGCCUGUUUCGUGGUUCGUCAGAGGGCGUAGAGGGAUUUCUUACAAGCGUCCAGGUUAGAGUCCCGCUCCUUGAAAGCGGCAGCUCUAGCCGUUAGCUCAGUGCAUAUGUUGCCUGUAAUCCAUCAUGGCUUCUGGUUGGGAUAUGUACGUACAGUCACUGUGGGGACGACGUCGUCGAUGCACUUAUUAAUGAAGCCAGUGACUGAUGUGGUAAACUCCUCAAUGCCAUCGGAUGAGUCCCAGAACAUAUUCCAGUCUGUGAUAGCGAAACAGUCCUGUAGCUUACCAUCCGCUUCAUCGGACCACUUCCGUAUUGAGCGCAGCACUGGUACUUCUUGUUUUGAGUUUUCAGAUUUUCCAAAUGGAGGGUGAUGGAGAGCUUUGUAUGUGUCUCUGUGUGUGGAAUAAAGGUGAUCUAGAGUUUAUUUUUUCCACCUGGUGACAUGCUGGUAGAAAUUACACUAACAAAAAUAAACGCAACAUGCAAGAAUUACAGUUCAAAAGGAAAUCAGUGAAUUUAAAUAAAUUCAUUAGGCCUUAAUCUAUGGAUUUCACGACUGGGAAUACAGAUAUGCAUCUGUUGGUCACAGAUGCCUUAAAAAAAGGUAGGUUCACAACAUUGACAUCAAACUGCUCGCCCGGUACAGUUGAAACUGGGAUUCAUCUGUGAAGAGCACACUUCUCCAGCGUGCCAGUGGCCAUCGAAGGUGAGCAUUUGCCCACUGAAGUCUGUUAUGACGCCAAACUGCAGUCAGGUCAAGACCCUGGUGAGGACGAUGAGCCUGCAGAUUAUCUUUCCUGAGACGGUUUCAGACAGUUUUUGCAGAAAUUCUUCGGUUGUGCAAACCCAUAGUUUACACAGUUGUCUGGGUGGCUUUUCUCAGACGAUCCCACAGGUGAAGAGGCCGGAUGUGGAGUUCCUGGGCUGGCGUGGUUAGACGUGGUCUGGCCGGUUGGAAGUACUGCCAAAUUCUCAAAAUGACGUUGGAGGCGGCUUAUGGUAGAAAAAUGAACAUUUAAAUUAUCUGGCAACAGCUCUGGUGGACAUUCCUACAGUCAGCAUGCCAAUUGCACACUCCUUCAAAACUUGAGACAUCUGUGGCAUUGUGUUGUGUGACAACUGCACAUUUUAGUGGCCUUUUAUUGUCCCCAGCACAAGGUGCACCUGUGUAAUGGUCAUGCUGUUUAAUCAGCUUCUUGAUAUGCCACACCUGUCAGGUGGAUGGAUUAUCUUGGCAAAGGAGAAAUUCUCCCUAACAGGGAUGUAAAGAAAUUUGUGCAGAAAUAUUUGAGAGAAAUAAGCUUUUUGUGCAUAUGGAACAUUUCUGUGAUCUUUUAUUUCAGUUCAUGAAACACUUUAUAUGUUGCCUUUAUAUUUUUGUUCAGUGUAGGUAAAACAGAUUUCAGUUUUCCUGCAUUAAAAUCACUGGCCAUUAGGAUUGCCGUUUCUGGAUGAGCAUUUUCUUUUUUGCUUAUGACCCUAUACAGCACCUUGAGUGCGGUCUUAGUGCCAGCAUCGAUUUGUGGUGGUAAAGAAACAGCUACGUAAAAUAUGGAUAAAAACUCUUGGUCUACAGUUUAUAAUUAGGUAUUCUAACUCAGGCGAGCAGAACCUUGAGACUUCCUUAAUAUUAGAGAUUGCGCACCAGCUGUUGUUAACAAAAAGACACACACUAUCCCCGUUGAGCUUACCCGACGCUGCCAUUCUGUCCUGCCAAUGCAUAGAAAAACCAGCUAGAAUAUUAUCCAUGUCCUUUUUCAGCCAAGUUUCUGAGAAACAUAGGAUAUUACAGUUCUUCAGGUCCCGUUGAUAGGAUAGUCUCGAACGGAGCUCGUCCAGUUUGUUCUCCAGUGAUUGUACAUUAUGCAAUAGAACAGAGGGUAGAGGCGGAUUAUUUACAUUCCUCCGUAGUUUCAUCAGGUUACCCGCACGUCUGCCUCUAUAUCGCAGUCUCUUUCGAGUGUCAGGGAUUAGGGCCCUGCCCGAGGUGAGCAGUAUGUCCUGCGCCUCCGACUCUUUGAAGUAGAAAUCUUCAUCCUAAUCGAGGUUAGUGAUCGCUGUUCAGAUGUCCAGAAGCUCUUUUCGGUCAUCGGAAAUGAUGGCCGGAACAUGUUUUUUUUUACAGGUAGCUAGCUUUACAAUACAAUAAAUAUCUUGGUAAGUCAUUGUAUUCAUCACUAACUCUGUGUUGCAGAGUCUUGACCCUCUGCCAAUGCAGGGACCCGAGUUGGGGGUUCAUGCAGAUGACAUCGAGCAACCAGAUAUGGAGCAGGAGUCAAAACAAGAGGUUCUUGAAAACAAAGAUGUACGGCUGGAGUUGUUUCUUAGUCCAUCAUCAUUUCUGUGUGGUUGAAUGUCAAAGUUACCUUUUAUUGUUGCCUGUCAAUGCUGAUUAUAACUCCUUCAUAUGUUUGUCCUAUAGGUCAUAGUCCAGCAUGUUCACAUAGAUGGUCUGGGAAGAACCAAGGAGGAUUGCUUAACAUACGAGAUUGCUGAUGUCUUCCGAGCAAGGAACUUGAUUGACGUGAGUGAAUCUAUCAGUACAGUAGGCUACGGACCACUGAUUGUAACGUGUGGAGACUGUAUGCAGCGUUCACCACAAGCACAUGGAGUAGCCAACCAAACACAUGGAGUAGCCAACCAAGCACAUGGAGUAGCCAACCAAACACAUGGAGUAGCCAACCAAACAGAAAAAGUAGCCAGCCAGACUCCCUCGGCCUGGGGGGGGUUUAAGAUGUUUUCGCAGAACAAGCUCUUUUUUGGUGGUCUCAUUCUAAUGCUAGAUUGUAAUUUCAAGCAGUAACGAUCAGGAAAUAACACUGAUCUACAUUUUUCACACUUUUACAGUGUUAGUUUCAUCAGCUGUUGUACAAUAUUAUAUAAAACACAGGAACAUUUUUAUUUUGACUGCACUGGGCCUUUAAAGAAUCCUGUAAGAAGUCUGCUGACUUCCAUGGGCUUCAAGCUUCCUUUUAAGAGGCAUUUUCUGAGCUCACUGUGAUACAGUUAUGAUUGAAUAAUGAAGCAGGUGUUAAACAUGGGCGUUGCUACACAGAAAGCAGCACUUGACUACUUCAUUGUCAACACUUUGAUUAAAUCAAUAGACCUAUAUCAAUAUCUUUGAAAAUACCAUAUAAGUCAUUAGUUUUUAAAACUAUUCAAUCUGUUUUCUUUAAUCAUAUUUUGGACCAGAGUGAGGCUCUCUCCACUUAGCCUACCUGUUGUUCCUGCAGUGAGGAGGAUUCACCGUCUUCAUCGAAUGUUUUCAUAUUUUAUCUGCAGAUAAUUGCCAAAAAGCCUACCAGUAUGCAAAUAAGCCAAAUGAACAGCUCUCUUACCGAUGCGAUUCGGUAGGCUACUGACGAGUCACUCACUUUAACGUCACUGUCGGGCAAGUCCUGAUUGACUUCAUAUCAAAAAUACAAACGAGAUCUUUAGUUGACUUGUCCCGAUGCGAUACCAUGGACAUAUAACUACAUUGUAUGAUGUGUGAAUGGCGAGAAUAUAUGAGAUCGACUUUAUUCAGUCAGUUCAACACCUUUUCUAAACUAGUAAAGCUUGCUGUUCGUCAAUCAAAGCACAGUAAAUAGCCUAUUCGCCACCACUCUGUUGCUACAUAUGAAAUACGCCAGGGUCCAACGUUAACUUUUUUCCUCACUGGCCGGUUGGCCAAAAAUCUACUGGCCCGGACAUGGUGUACUGUAGUUCUUAAAUGCAUUGUAGAUGAACUCGUGGAUACCAUUUUUAUGUCUUUGCGUGCAGUUUGAAUGAAGUUGCUAACUAGCGCAAUUGCUAACUAGACUGGAAGUCUAUGGGUAUCUGCUAACGCUAGUUAGCAAUUGAAAAGUAGCCUAGUUAAUUUAAGUGAAGAAAAAGUACCUGGCUGAAAAGGAGUCUGUAAUUGGCUGUAUAGCCAACAGGGCCGGAGCUAGUGGAAAACACUGUGUAUGGAGAUUGUGUGGAGACUGUAGCAAAAGUAUAACUUAUUUUGUUUACUGUUCGUUUUAGGUCAUGAAAAAAGCCCACGAAGCCAGACAGAAGCUCCUACGUCUUGGUAUCUUCAGACAAGUGGAGGUUGUCAUCGAUACCUCACAAGGUACUGUGGUUAGAAAGGUGAUCCGUUCUCAAUCUGAACAGUAUCUGUCCAAAGUUUUGCAUAUUACUUUAGAAAAUAAUAAAGUGAAUGGAAAAGUGGGUAAAACACUCCAACAAAACAACCACUUCCUUUCAGGAGUGGAUGCUCUGCCUAACGGACUGGAUGUAACGUUUGAAGUGACUGAGCUGAGACGCAUGACUGGCAGCUAUAACACCAUGGUUGGAAAUAACGAAGGUAGCAUGGUGAGAACUCCCUGAGUGAUGGGCUCUAUCUGAAAUCAUCUGACUGCGUUUCUCAUCUCCUUAUCUCCUUCUAAACUGUAUUGGAUGAGAAGGUCCAAGGUCCCGCCCCUUGGACCAGUGUUUCCCAAACACGUUUUGGUUUUUAACCUAGCACUACACAGCUGAUUCAAAUUAUCAGAUAAUCAUCAAGCUUUUAAUUAUUUGAGUCAGCUGUGUAGUGCUUGGGCAAAAAACAAGACCUUCACCCCUUGGGGUCCCAAGGACGGAGUCUGGGAAACACUGCUGCUUGCACCAAUGUGUUUUGAGAAGAAAGUGAGGAGAGAAGAAAUUAGGAAUCGAGGACAGAUCAAUUUAUAAAGAUCUAUGGUGGUGAUUACACACGCUAUUGAGGUACCAUCAGCCGCUGUGGUCAGGUUUUGACUAGUUUGCAUCCCUCCUACUGUAGGUUCUUGGUCUGAAGCUGCCCAAUAUUUUCGGUCGUGCAGAAAAGCUUACGUUCCAGUUCUCCUACGGCACCAAAGAGACUUCCUAUGGGCUGUCGUUCUUCAAGCCUCAACCUGGCCGCUUUGAACGCAAGUAUGAGACAAUAAAAACCUACUACUUCUAUGACGAGCAAUGCUAUAAAUACACUGAUUUACGAUUUAAAGAUUAUAAAUACAUUUUAUUAAAGAUUUACGAUUUAAAGAUGCUACACAUAGGAUUAUCAUAUUUUUGUUUUGCAUUGUAAUUUAAUAUAAUAUACAGUGCUACAGAUUUGAGUCACUGCAAUUACAAUUGUUUCCCCCAAUGUAUCCUUCUAUUAAAUUACAUUCUUACUAUGUAUUGUAUGUUUGGGAAGAUGUAAUGCUUUUAUAAAUGUUUGCAACUCAUUAAUAAAUGUCCAGAAGGUUUCCGCUUUCUUUAAAGGUAUCCGCAGCAGUUAUAAAUGUUGGUAACUCAGUUAUACAUGUUCAUAGGUCUGUCACUUUAAAAUAAGGUAUACUUUUAGCAGUUUCACAUGUGGGUAAAUCAUUUAUAGAUUAUUUGAGUUCACUCAGAGCUUAGACAUAUAGUGCCUUCGGAAAGUAUUCAGACCCCUUGACUUUUCCCACAUUUUAUUACGUUACAGCCUUAUUCUAAAAUGGAUUAAAUUGUUUCCCCCCUCAUCAAUCUACACACAAUACCCCAUAAUGACAAAGCGAAAACAGAAAUACCUUAUUUACAUAAGUAAUCAGACCCUUUGCUAUGAUACUCGAAAUUGAGCUCAGGUGCAUCCUGUUUUCAUUGAUCAUCCUUGAGAUGUUUCUACAACUUGAUUGGAGUCCACCUGUGGUAAAUUCAAUUCAUUGGACAUGAUUUGGAAAGGCACACACCUGUUUAUAUAAGGUCCCACAGUUGACAGUGCAAGUCAGAGCAAAAACCAAUCCAUGAGGUCAAAGGAAUUGGCCGUAAAACUCCAAGACAGGAUUGUGUCGGGGCACAGAUCUGGGGAAGGGUACCAAAAAAUUUUUGCAGCAUUGAAGGUCCCCAAGAACACAGUGUCCUCCAUCAUUCUUAAAUGGAAGAAGUUUGGAACCACCAAGACUCUUCCUAGAGCUGGCCGCCCGGCCAAACUGAGCAAUCGGGGGAGAAGGGCCUUGGUCAGGGAUGUGUCCAAGAACCCGGUGGUCACUCUGACAGAGCUCCAGAGUUCCUCUGUGGAGAUGGGAGAACCUUCCAGAAGGACAACCAUCUCUCCAGCAAUCAGGCCUUUAUGGUAGAGUGGCCAGACGGAAGCCACUCUUCAAUAAAAGGUACAUGACAGCCUGCUUGAAGUUUGCCAAAAGGCACCUAAAAUAUUCUCUAGUCUUAUGAAACCAAGAUUGAACUCUUUGGCCUGAAAGCCAAGCGUCACAUCUGGAGGAAACAUGGCACCAUCCCUACGGUGAAGCAUGGUGGUGGCAGCAUCAUGCUGUGAGGAUGUUUUUCAGCGGCAGGGACUGGGAGACUAGUCAGCAUCGAGGGAAAGAUGAACAGAGCAAAGUACAGAGAGAUCCUUGAUGAAAACCUGCUCAGGACCUCAGACUGGGGCGAAGGUUCACCUUCCAACAGGACAACGAUCCUAAGCACACAGCCAAGACAACGCAGGAGUGGCUUCGGGACAAGUCUCUGAAUGUCCUUGAGUGGCCCAGCCAGAGCCUGGACUUGAACCCGAUCGAACAUCUCUGGAGAGACCUGAAAAUAGCUGUGUAGAAACGCUCCCCAUCCAACCUGACAGAGCUUGAGAGGAUCUGCAGAGAAGAAUGGGAGAAACUCCCCAAAUACAGGUGUGCCAAGCUUGUAGCGUCUUACCCAAGAAGACUUGAUUCUGUAAUCGCUGCCAAAGGUCCUUCAACAAGGUACUGAGUAAAGGGUCUGAAUACUUAUGUAAAUGUGAUAUCAGUUUUUUAUUUUUAAUAAAUUAGCAAACAUUUCUAAAAACCUGUUUUUGCUUUGUCGUUAUGGGGUAUUGUGUGUAGAUUGAUGAGGGGGAAAAAACUAUUUAAUCCAUUUUAGAAUAAAGAUGUAACGUAACAAAAUGUGGGAAAAGUCAAUGUCUGAAUAAUUUCUGUAUCUGCAGUAAUAGUAGAAUGAUAACGUUUCACAGUAUUACUUACCCGCCAGUGUUGUGUUUAGCUUUGAUAUUCGCCUAUUGAUUUCUGCCGCCGGAGCAUUAUCUGAGGGAAAGUUAUUUUUACUUUGUGGCUGUGUUACAUUGUGGAAAUCGUGUCAAGUGGCCAAUGUAGAAAUCGCUCUGUCAUUUCCUGGUUGCUAGAAUUCUACACUGUUAGCUCAAUUUCAGUUUAGGGAAUCAUUGUACCAUGUAAAUCACUGUGAAAUAUAUUUUCAAAAAUAAUAAUAUAUUGUUUUUGAAGCUGGUGGACCAAAACCGAAAGUAAGCGGCUCAAGCACGAGUCUCCGCCAUGUUACGGGGAAAUGGGUUGUUUUGAAUGCAGCCUAGUGCUGUUGCAAUUCACCUAGCUUCCACAUAGGGGAUACAUUCUGUGUAGCACCUUUAAGUUGUUAAUUCUAUAGAUCCCUGGGCUCUUUUUUUCUAAUUGACUUCCUCUCGCUGUUGCAGUUUCGCUGUUAACUUUUACAAAGUCACAGGCCAGUUUCCAUGGAGCUCGCUGAGAGAGACUGAUCGUGGCGUCUCCACAGAAUUCAGUGUAAAGAUAAUUUUCCAUUCAUCUAUCGAUCUAUCAUUACUGUAGAGUUGUCAUGUGAAAUAACAAAAGUGAUUGUCUUAUUUUUAUUGUUGUUAUGCUAACUAAGAUGAAUUGAACUUCUCAGCUAUUUUUGACUUAAAUUUCAUCCUGCUGUGUAAUGCUUUUGCAAGUUGUUGAUCCUCUCUAGGUUUUUUCCCCUCUCUGUUUUGAAUACAAACAGUUCCCUCUCUGGAAGACGAACCACACCCUGAAGUGGGAGGGUGUGUGGCGAGAGUUGGGUUGUCUAGCACGUACCGCCUCGUUCGCAGUCCGGGAGGAGAGCGGCCACUCCCUCAAGUCAUCACUCUCGGUACCGGGACUUCAAAUCAAAUUUAUUGGUCACAUACACAUGGGUAGCAGAUGUUAUUGCGAGUGUAGCGAAAUGCUUGUGCUUCUAGUUCCGACAGUGCAGCAAUAUCUAGCAAGUAAUAUCUAACAGUUCCACAACAAAUAUCUAAUACACACAAAUCUAAGUAAAGGAAUGGAAUAAGAAUAUAUAAAUGUAUGGAUGAGCAAUGUCAUUAUCAGAGUGGCAUAGGCCAAUCCCCCACAAAAUCCCCCUUUAUUACCAGGGAUUAAAACAUAAUACAUGUAGGCCCAAAUCCACAUGUUGAGAUCUGUACACUUCAUUUGGGCUUUUGUGUAAAUCUUGCAUUGAUGACGUCAAUGGGAAAUUUGUGCAGAAACUUGCGCAGGUGGAUCUCAAGUUAGGAUUCGGCCCACUGAGACACUUGGACUUUUCCUCAACAUGUUGCUCUCUUCUCCUUGGCCCUUAUAGCAUGCCAUGGUCAUCGACACCAGGAACUCCGCAAUCCUUCCCAGGAGGGGAGCCUUGCUGAAGAUCAACCAGGUGUGUAGGUUAGGAUAACAUUACCUGGCCAGUGUUGCAUUCAAUGGUAUUACCCUAAUGAAACCAUUUCCCAAACCAUUUUGAACCAACAAUUCAUUCACCUGAUGCAUUGUUGUGGUUUUGCAGGAGUUGGCUGGCUACACGGGAGGAGAUGCCAGUUUUCUGAAAGAGGACUUUGAGAUCCAGUUUAACAAACGUCUCUUCUGGGACUCGGUGAGAACCUAAAUCGUCAUAUUUAUCAAGAAGAAAUUUGUGCGAAAACUUUAGUUACACGCAUGGAUCUCAAGUUGGAACUCAGUCUGAGUAUUGAACUGGUGCUAGGCCACCUUUUUAUAGUAAACACAAGUUAUAACCAUCAAUCAAUAUCAUUUAUUUAUAAAGCCGAUGUCACAAAGUGCUUAUACAGAAACCCAGCCUAAAACCCCAAACAGCAAGCAAUGCAGAUGUAGAAGCAUGGUGGCUAGAAGGCAGGAACCUAGGAAGAAACCUAGAGGAACCAGGCUCUGAGGGGUGGCCAGUCCUCUUCUGAUUGUGCCGGGUGGAGAUUAUAAAAUGACAUGGCCAUUAAGGCCAGAUCGUUCUUCAAGAUGUUCAAACGUUCAUAGAUGACCAGUAGGGUCAAAUAAUAAUCACAGUGGUUGUAUAGGGGGCAACAGGUCAGCAACUCAGGAGUAAAUGUACCUCAGGCUUUUCAUAGCCGAGCAUUGAGAGGUCGAGACAGCAGGUACGGUAGAGAGGGAGUGCCUGAGCCUAUGUAAACAGCUUGUUGAUGGAGGGUUGACAAAUGGUUUUGACCAGGUUGGGAUAAAUGUGGGAUAAAAGAGCACAUUUGUUGAGACCUCGUCCUCUAUCUUCCAGGUCCUGUCUGCAUCUCUCUGGGGCGGAUGCCUCCUGCCCAUUGGAGAUAAGCCAACUUGCAUUGCUGACAGGUAAGACAAUACUUCUCUCUGUUUCACAAUACCAUCAUUGAAAAGCAGGGGUGUCAAACAUGGCCCACUAGCCGGCCCGCCAUGUUGUCUUUAUACAGUAUAGUCAGGGGUUAAAGUUCUCCAUUACUGCAAUGUAUUUCCAUCAUAUGGAUUCUGGAGAGGUCGUUUUUGAGAUCAGUGUAGAUCCGCAAUAAAAGUCUCUGGUUUGGAGAUGGCAUGUGUGUUCUACGAAAUAUAUUCCCAAAUAUUGCAUUUUCUUUGUUAAGCUGUGUGCGCUGAACUGACAUGCAUGAUUGUUGAUGACAUUCCGAUGAUCAGAUGAAGGGAAUGAAACGGUCUAUAACAGGCUCAACCCAGACAGCUUAUAUCCUACUGUAGUUGCUGGCAAAGUCAUUAAAAGCCUCCACUUCAUCACUCAGGUCAGGACUUUCCAGUGCUACUAUUUUUGCCAUGUAAUGUUAUUAAAACAAAGAAGUCACAGUGAUGCUGAAACGUUGGUAGUUUACCCAAUAAAUGACUGGGAGUUUAUAUGUAGUGUGCGACUCUUAUUUAUUUUAAUAGCUUAUAGUUUAUUCACCAUUAGUCGCACCUCUACACUAAAUAAUGUUCUAUGGGUGUGUGCCAGCUCAUGCUUUUUAUUAAAACAAAAUCAGACAUCCCCAUAGUAGAAUAGUUUACCAAUUUACCUAGUCGGCUUGUUGUUGUGUGUCCUAUGUGAAAAAUAUUAAUCUCCAGGCGCAUUCAAGUUGCGAUAGGGAGGGAAACAUGCAUUCUGUCAAUGCACAACCAUACUUAAUGCAAUUGCGGGAAAACCUUUUUGAAAGCAGUAUCCUUUGUUAAACCAGAGCGGCGUCAGUUUGCUUCCAUUUUUAUUUUGUUACUCCUUCAAGUGGCAUCGUUUAACAGAUUCAGUUACAACUGGAGUUUCAAGCACGGUUUAGGAGCAGCUGGAAACAAAUCUCAAAGAGGAAAAUGGCGUAUGACUUACUUUGCAAUAGAAACAAAAAAAAUCAAAUUUUUCAAGUGAAUAGUCAUUAUUUAUAUAUUUAUAAUAAAAUAAUAAUAACAACAAUCAUGAUGUUGUGUCCAGUGGGGUAAAUGCACAUGGGCAAACCUCAUUCUUCAGCCUAUGUCUCCCGAGUGGCGCAGUGGUCCUGGUUCGAAUCCAGGCUCUGUCGUAGCCGGCCGCGACCAGGAGACCCCAUGGGGCAGCGCACAAUUGGCCCAGCGUCGUCCAGGGAGGGAAUGGCCGGCAGGGAUGUAGCUCAGUUGGUAGAGCAUGGCGUUUGCAACGCCAGGGUUGUGGGUUCGAUUCCCAGGGGGGGCCAGUAUGAAAAAUAUAAUACAAAUAAUGUAUGCACUCACUAACUGUAAGUCACUCUGGAUAAGAGCGUCUGCUAAAUGACUAAAAUGUAAAUGUAUGUAUUUCUAGCCACUAUGCUGCAUCAGUGGGCUAGAGGUAAUAAUGAUUAUUGUUAAUAGUACAUCUAAUAAUAGAGCACGGACAGGCUAUAUGGUACAAUAUGUAAAAAUCAUUUAAACGUCAUUUUUACCAAUAUGUUUUUGGGCUCAUUUCUGGAGGUGGAAAUUUAAGUUUUAUGAUUUUGGAGUAGGAUAUCCUCAAGUCACCAGAAUUUAGCUUCUCAGUCCUUCUAUAUAAAAAAGUAUCCCAGGUAGGACCCCAGACCCCCUAAACAAGGGGACUGGAAUUGGCCAAACUCGCAGUUUAAUACAUGUACAAAAUGAUCCUCUUUCCCCAAAAGCAGCAUGAUGGUGAUGUAGCUGAAAGUCUGUUUCUAUGGUGUGUUUUUGAAUAGGGUUUCUACCAAUGUGUCUCUUUAGGUUCUACCUCGGUGGUCCUACUAGCGUCAGGGGAUUUAGUAUGUACAGCAUCGGCCCACAGAGUGAAGGUGAGAUGUUAUCCUCUGUGGGACUGUCCGUUUCAAUGAAGUCCGAUCUUAUGAUGGGUAACGUUCUCACAUCACGUGUGGUUUUAUUGUUGGUAUGACAGGUGACUUCCUGGGAGGGGAGGCAUAUUGGGCUGGAGCCGUCCACCUGUAUACUCCGCUGCCCUUCCGUCCAGGCAAAGGGGGCUUUGGAGACCUCUUCAGGACCCACUUCUUCCUCAAUGCUGGGAACCUGUGUAACCUCAACUAUGGUGGGUGUUUUAAGAUGUAAUUCACCUCGCAAUCAAUGAUGUGGAAGUGUCAGAUGUUCUGGGAUGAUACCUGAAAUACCAUCUUAACAAGCUGAAUCUAUGUUCAAAUUCAUCGGUAUGAAAAAUCUGCAGGACUCAAUCACAGUUGUAUAACAAUGAGUGGCAUGACUUAGUAAUAAGUAGAGAAAAUGAUAUUUCAACAAAAUGUUACAGGAAUGCUAAUCUUAUCUGUUUUUAACAGAAACGAUUUCAGAACAAUCUGACAUGGUGGGUGUCGAAAUCCGCUUUCUUGUGCUUUUUGAGGUGGAACGACCCCUCAGGCUGUGGUGUUUGCGUUCCUCCAGGUGACGGGCCUCGAGCACACCUGAGGAAGCUGGCAGAGUGUAUCCGCUGGUCCUAUGGAGCGGGAAUCGUGCUGCGGCUUGGAAACAUCGCCCGGCUGGAGCUCAACUACUGCAUUCCCAUGGGCGUCCAGAGCGGAGACAGGUAUCCUACUAUCUGCCCAUCCUGUUAUCAAACCAUGACGUGAUAGUCCAUAGCUCAGAAACAAUAAAUACUAUAUAGGUCAUAUAGAUGAGCAGUACACUUGUAUGCCUGAUUCACUGUAUAGGGCCAACCCGAACCAUACUUUUAUUUUCCAGUGUCCUUUUCAUAAUGGUUUCAGCAACUAUGGUGGUUGUGUAAACAGGCCAGCCCAGUACAGAUGGAUUUUUGGCUCAGUGUUGUGAAAAGGGUAUUGGGUUACUGUUAAGAAAUGACACUUUGGUCUUUGUUUGUUUAGGAUAUGCGACGGGGUCCAGUUUGGAGCCGGAAUCCGAUUCCUGUGA